AUGGCUAACCUGGCACAUUCACGAUUGGUGGUGGCCGACCUGGGCGGAAAACGUCUCCAAGACCACAAGCUCGUGUAUGAGAGUCCCGCUGGUAUCCGUAACAGCGACCAGCGCUCUCCAUCUCCAGAGGAUGCUCGGCAGAAGAGCACGAAUCACACUGGCGGCCGAGGCAGUGGACAGUCCACGAGUGAAGAGACUACGAACGAAGAUGACGAUGAGGACAGUAGUGCUAAUCAAGAAGACGAUCAAGAAGAUGAUGAUGACCCAGAGGUGCUAGCCCCGUCUCACGGUAUUGGCUUGGGUAAAGGAAAGCGCCCGGCCAUCCGUAUCGAUCACGCUGGUAGAGAUGAGUCUCCUGAAGGUGCUGAAGAGACUGCAUCCCGUGUGGCGGGGCACAAGGCCAGCAAACAUCUGGUGAACCAAGUCCUCAUGCAUAACAAGAAACGCACGCUCAGCAGUGUCUCAAACACUUCUGUUUUGUUUGGAGAGGAUGAUGACCUUACUGCUGAGCAACAUGCAUUCCCGAGAAGCAAGAUUCCGCGGAAGCUCAACAACUGCAGCGACACGAAAGACUUUGUAAUGUACAAGAAGAAUACUGACCCUACUGGCACGAAUGGUUUGGAUAAUGCUAUUGAGAGCUCUGACGAUGAAGGACAGCAAGAGCAGACAAUCAAUGUCGAUGACGAAGACUACAGUGGCGUCAAUCUUAUCAGUGAUGAGUCUGAUAUGGAGAACUUGGAGGAGCAAGAAGAAACUUUUAUCAUCAACGAGGAGAAGCAACAUGCGACUGAUCUAUUCGGCGGCCCUCGUCGAGCCGACUUUGACAGUUUUGGAGGUGGUGAUUUCCUUGAGUGCGCCGCUGUCUUCCAAACCCAUGAGUACCCAGACAUCGGGUUUGGACAAUUCUUCAAUACCGAACCCCUUCCUACAUCAUCUAUACCCGGCCCAGCAAGAAAGUACUCGGAUAGCUCCACCAAACGUGUCCGUUUCGAGGAUGAAGUCGACGAAUCGGACAGUUCUAGCUCCUCGUCAGAACUCGACAGCAGCCUCUGGCCAGAUCUUUUCAUGGAGCAAAACAAGCUUCCUCCUAGCCUAUAUAAGUUGAUUGAGAAUGAUCACGAAAGUGACAUGGGAGAAUUCCCAUCCAGCGGAUCAGAUCACUCAUACUGGGAUGUAGGUCAAGACGAGGGCCGCAGUCUACCGCUACAUGACCCUAAAGAGUUCGACGACGAUUCGUCUGAACCUGGGUCUAGUGGUUACGAAACCGACAUGGGUGACACUACUGACGAGGACACUGAUUUCAUCCCUGACUGUCAUCAACUCACUCCCGGCAAAAAGUCGGUUCUACAUCGUCCGUCCUCUGCACCAGGCUCAAAGGCUGCUAGCCCAAAGCCAUUUGAGAGGUCGGCCAAACCCGGCCCGGCCGGACGAGCUAUUCCUCCUCUUCGUGGCAUCUUCAUUCAUGAUGAAAGUAGCCAAGCCAUAGCGGUGACGAAUCGAGCUACCAAGAAAGUCACUUUCUACCGUCCGCGCGCCUCGAUCUCUCUCCACCAACCUAAUUUUGGAACGACUUUCGGUGUAUAUGAUAGCACGUCUAGCACUGCAAACAACAGCCCUCGCACUUCUCUACAGCAAUUCAAUGCUGAUGACAGUGACUUGAGCAACGAGAUGUUCAGUACCGCUUUCCAGGGUUCCACAGAUAUCAUGCUUACAGGAAUAUUUGGAGGAGACCCUGCCGAUGGCUUCGGCAGCAGCUUCUCCGGUACUUUUGGACCACCCCAGGCAUUCUACCCCUUCGUGAGCAUCGGGCAGAACGGCAAUAUCACCACCGAUGAUCUUGAUGAAUACUAUGACGAUGACGAGGAUGAUGAGGACGACAUUGAUAUUGCCGACUUCAUGAAUUUCGGAGAUGAUGGAGACGCGACGGAUGCGGAUGCAGAUGGAGAGGAGGAACCACGUAUUCCUGGGACCCCAGCAACUUCGAUGAUUGCUCUCAACGGAUCCACUCCAGCCCAGCCUACACCGCUCACAGAGACGCCGCUGAAUCGCAAACGAAAUGCGUCCGAUGCCAUGCUCGAGCAUUUUGAUCGUGGCGUGGUUACUGCGUUCCGAAAUAACCAAAAUCGGUAUCGCGAUAUUUCCUGCCUCCCCCACGAUCCCGACCUCCGAGCGUCUGAAUCCCGCCCACUCCGGUCUGGGAGAUCGGCAGAAACCCUUAUUUCACCUCUUCGUAAAAGAAGUUCGUUGUCAAGGAGGAGUAGGAACUUGGGCUUCGCUGGAAUUACGAAAGCCACAGGAAAACUGCAGUCCACUGUUAUGGAACCACGCCGUGGGCCUCGCCUCGGCACGUUCUCCUAG